AUGAGUGGCGUCAAAUCAAGAGAUCCGAACGAAAGCGAGUGUUACGUGCAGGUAACACAGCAUGGGGCGUUACAAGCGGCACUGCAGACGCUGAAGGAACGCUGCCAAACGUUGCAGAAGCGUAUCUCGACUCUCGAGGAUGAAAACUUAGCACUGCGGACGACGCAAACCAAGACAACUGGCGAGCGGGGACAGGGUCGCUCAACCACAUCAAUGGAGGUGGAACUGUUACGUCACAACGUGUUGGAGCUAUCCCGUCAGAAAGCCCAGCUGGCCGAGCAGAUCGCGAUGAUAGCGGGCGAAAAUAGGCAGCUAUGGGGUCGGCUUUCACAAAUCGUGAAAGACUUUCCACUAGCCUCUUGCAUGGGCGAACGGCAAGUCGACAGUGGUGAUGAUGGAACGAACACUAUCAGAGAGCCACUUGUCGAUCCAGCCGGUGCUUCGCCCGGGACUCCGGCACAGAACCUUAUUCGCUCGCGAACUUUUACUAAAAACGCUCCAAACCCGAAACUACGUGCACGCUUGCCGCACAGUACCAUGGACGAACAACUGCUAAACCUGGAAGACGUUUCGCUGCUCAAUGCAUGCGAGUUUCUUGAGAAAGAUGGGUACAAUACCGGCAAUGAACUGCCGUCAUUGGGGCUCACUGGUUCGCAGAGCGAGGAACUGCUUGAAGUGGCACUUGAAGCGAACCCCGACUUGCGCCACUACACUGACGGGCUGCUGGCGAUGCAACUCGAAGUCACCCGACAACAGCUUGGCCUGAAAAGCGUCCUCAAUCAACUGCAGUUGAAAAAGGAACUUUGUCGACGUUGCAAGCAUCGCCAACAACAAACGACUUCUGCCGAAAAAAAGCCUAUCAUGAAAGAUGUUACAGUUGAAGUGACUGAGGGUGAGCUCGUGCAUGUGGCUGAAAGGCGACCAUGCGCUUCCCGUACCAACGGCGUCCAUGACCAACAGCCCAAACCUAUGGAAACUUCAGGCGGCAUGAUGGACAGCAGUGCAACAGACGAGCUACCACUCGGCUCCCGAACCCUCGAUCUACUGCAGGAGAAGCUGCGCGCCAACAGUCUAGAUAAAAUGUGCCCGAUGUGUGGUAAACUGUACGCGGCCCAGGCACCGUUCAACGACUUUCAGCAUCACGUCGAGUCCCACUUCCUUGAAGACGGUGAACUAGGCGAUCUUAGUCUGGACCGAACGUACGAGUACGUCUCGCAAACAGUCGGAAACUUCUGACCAGUGCCUGGAGCUUCUCGUCGAAUUUUCUUCUCUAGCGAGCUUUAAAACCAGUCAUAAGAUGUUGUGGCGAUGCGUAUAGCCCUUCGUUGUCCUCUACACAUUGAUUUUAUCAUUGUAAAGCAUAUAAUCCGCUGUUCAUGUUUAUUUCGAUCUACCGUUGCAGCUACAUAAAUAUUAAAAAGUCGCAAAUUGUAUGUCGCAAUUGUUCUUGACCCAAUUUACCAUUUACCAUGCUCAAUCGAAAACAAGUAUUACCCGAAAAAUAUUGGGUUGGUAAAAAAGUAAAAACUCAGAUCUCUACUGUCAACAACUGCACCGUUCGCAAAUAACGAUUGACCAAAAAGGGCCAGAAUCGGCCACCAGAAGAGGUGUUGUGUUCCAUCAGGACAACGAAAUGUAACACACGUCUAUAGUGACUCGCCUGAAAGUCUGGGAAAGUUUAAAUCCGGGGAAGUUUUAAUGCAUUUGGAAGUAUAGUCUGGACCUUGCACCAAGCGCUUAUCACCUUUUUCGCACAUUGCAAAAUUUCUUGAGUGAUAAGAAAGUGAGAUCAAAAAGAGACUGUGAAAAUAGCUUGCUAGAGUUUUUCGCUAAUAACGACCAAGACUUACAAUAGAAGCUACCUUUAAAAAGGCAACCAAUUUUCCAACAAAACGGUGCAUAUUUGACGCAAAUCGGAACAUCAGAAACAACUUAAAUAAUGUUUUGAAAUUCACUCAAAAAUAAUGGAUUUCUUUUUCCCCG